CGCGCGACUCACCACUCACACCAGCGACAGUAUCAUAGUCCAAUCCGCGACCGGCAGACGAUGCAAUGAGCGACCCCGCUUCCCACACCGGGCGUCUUGUCCCACUGCGGACCAAAGAUGAAGUGCGCGCCAGCCUGGAAACGCACGUCGUCUAUGUUGUCGAAGUACCUGCGAAGCAUGCCAACGUGGUCAAGGAUGUCGUGCAAGCAGCCAUCCCGGACUUCAAGACGUCCGAGAUCUCCCACCUGCGCCGCGUAGUGCAGUUCAAAUACCUGCCGGCCCAUCUGCAGAAGCAGUUCUAUCCGCCCGCGAGGCUUCCGAGAGGUGAUGAGGAUGAUCCUGCACCAGCGUCAUUGUCCCCAUCCCCUGCAUCGCUGCCUUCUCUCCCAUCUCCUCCGUCCACGUCCACGCCCACGGUCGACGAAGCCACUGCUGGUGAGGACGUUGCUAAAGACAUGGAUUUAGUGCGCUACUUCCUCCUGUGUCCCUCGAAGCAUAUCCAGCAUGCCGACCUGUUCGCCCUCCUGCGCAAGUGCCCUCCCUUCGACAACGGCAAGACCACACCGAGGAUCCUGUACGUUACCGUCCCGUCGCUGGCGCCCAUAUCCGCCGAGCAGUCGGAGCAAUGGAGCGAGCAGUACUGGCCCAUCUCCUACAAGAACACCAACCCAUACGGGCCGCACCCAAGCCUUGUUGCACGCAACCAAGCAGAGAUCGAGGACAGGGUGGGCAACUGGCUUGGGCUCGCACGGUCAGCAGGAAGGUGCAUCUCCGAGCAGUGCCUGGGAGAGUCGCUCGGCGUUGUGGUAGUCGACCAGACGAAGGGCACGCCGGAGGUAAUCGUCGUUGCGGGCGACUGUCGCUGGAGGUCACCGACAGGCACCAUCGAGCAGCACAAGGGCACUGGCAACGUCAUGGCACACGCUGUCCAGCGCGCCAUCGCCAUGGUCGCGAAGAAGCGGCUUCGCGCUGCCGGCACCGACCCUGCACUGCUCGACCGCUCGCUCUUCUGCGACAUACCCCUCACCGACAUGGAGAGAGAGUACUACGUCAAGGACAACAUCAAUCAGAGCGGCUACCUGUGCGUCGAUCUCGACAUCUACCUGACGAACGAGCCCUGCGUCAUGUGCUCGAUGGCAAUCCUGCACUCGAGGUUUCGGCGCUGUAUCUUCGCAAAGCGCAUGCCCCUCACUGGCGGUAUGACGUCGGACACUGCCGAAGGCAGCGCACCGUUGCAAGGCGGAUUGAAGCAUGGCAUGUUCUGGCGACCGAGCGAGUUGAACUGGAAGUUCCUGGCGUGGGAGUACAAGGAGGACGGGCAUGAGCCACAGCACGACGGCAUCAAGGACACUCUGCAUGUCUAGAACGGCAUGAGGAUGGGAAUGGGUUGCAUUGGAUAUGAAGCAUUACACGGCGCUUUGGAUUACAUGUGGUGUCGAUUACAGUCAGAGGGAUACAGGGUUAUGAGACAUGAGAUACCCAUACAUAGAUACACGCACGACCAGGAGAGGAAUGAAC